CUUUUGUGCGGGUCGGCAGUGCCAAGCCCGGCUGUAGAAGGGUGGUUUGGUGUUUAACCCAAGUGCAGCGUUGGUGCUUAAGGGAGCAGAAGUUGGUUGUCUGGGAAGGUUUCCGGAGAACGGGUUUCUGUGUGUCUCGAGUGAAACCUGCAGCAGAGAUGGACACGGAUGGCUUUGGAGAGCUGCUGCAGCAGGCUGAGCAGCUGGCGGCUGAGACAGAGGGGAUCUCGGAGCUCCCGCACGUGGAGCGCAACCUGCAGGAGAUCCAGCAGGCCGGGGAGCGCCUGCGCUCCCGCACCCUGACCCGCACCUCCCAGGAGACUGCCGAUGUCAAGGCAUCGGUUCUUCUUGGGUCUAGAGGGCUUGAUAUAUCCCACAUUUCUCAGAGACUUGAGAGUCUAAGUGCAGCCACUACAUUUGAGCCUCUUGAACCUGUGAAGGACACUGACAUCCAGGGAUUCCUGAAGAAUGAAAAAGAUAAUGCAUUGCUAUCUGCCAUUGAAGAGUCUAGGAGGAGGACUUUUGCCAUGGCUGAGGAGUAUCACCGGGAAUCAAUGCUGGUUGAAUGGGAGCAGGUGAAACAAAGAAUUCUUCAUUCUCUGCUUGCGUCAGGAGAAGAUGCUCUUGAUUUCACCCAGGAAAAUGAGCCCAGCUAUGUUGGUGAGGUGGGUCCUCCAGGUCGCAGCUCCAUGGACAGUGUGGAGAUGGCAUAUGCUCGUCAGAUUUAUAUUUAUAAUGAGAAGAUAGUGAAUGGACAUCUGCAGCCUAACCUGGUGGACCUCUGUGCUGCUACUGCAGGCCUGGAUGAUAAGAACAUCUCUGAGAUGUGGGCCAUGGUGAAACAAAUGACCGAUGUCACCCUGGUUCCUGCCAGCGAUGCCCUGAAAGUCCGGACCAACAUGGAGGUGCGCAUGGAGUUUGUGAGGCACGCUCUGCACUACCUGGAGGAGAGUUACAAAAAUUACACUUUUGUGACAGUCUUUGGAAACUUGCACCAGGCUCAGCUGGGUGGAGUCCCAGGCACCUACCAGCUGGUCCGAAGCUUCCUGAACAUCAAACUCCCGGCGUCUGUCCCUGGUCUGCAGGAUGGUGAGGUGGAGGGCCAUCCUGUGUGGGCACUGAUUUACUACUGCAUGCGCUGUGGAGAUCUGACUGCAGCCAUGCACGUGGUGAAACGGGCACAGCACCAGCUGGGAGAGUUCAAAACCUGGUUCCAGGAGUACAUGCACAGUAAAGACAGAAGACUGUCUCCUGCCACAGAAAAUAAACUGCGUCUUCAUUACAGACGAGCUCUGAGAAAUAACACUGACCCCUACAAAAGGGCUGUUUAUUGUAUUAUUGGCCGUUGUGACAUUACAGACAACCAGAGUGAAGUUGCUGAUAAAACAGAAGAUUAUCUUUGGCUAAAACUGAACCAAGUGUGUUUUGAUGAUGGUGGUGCGAGCUCCCCGCAGGACCGGCUAACGUUAUCCCAGUUCCAGAAGCAGCUGCUGGAAGACUAUGGUGAAUCACACUUUGCAGUGAACCAGCCACCAUUCCUCUACUUCCAAGUGUUGUUUUUGACAGCACAGUUUGAAGCUGCAAUUGCUUUUCUUUUCCGGACAGAGCGCUUGCGCUGUCACGCUGUUCAUGUUGCUUUGGUCCUGUUUGAGUUAAAAUUGCUCCUGAAAGCAUCUGGGCAGAGUGCACAACUAUUAAGCCAUGAAGCUGGUGACCCUCCUGGUGUCAGACGUUUAAAUUUUGUGCGGCUUUUGAUGCUUUACACUCGUAAGUUUGAAUCAACAGAUCCACGGGAAGCUCUGCAGUACUUUUACUUUCUCAGGAAUGAGAAGGACAGCCAAGGAGAGAAUAUGUUCUUGCGUUGCGUUAGUGAAAUAGUGAUUGAAAGCAGAGAGUUUGAUAUGAUUCUUGGAAAGCUGGAAAAGGAUGGUAGUAGGAAGCCUGGAGUGAUAGACAAGUUUACAAGUGACACAAAAUCCAUUAUUAACAAAGUGGCUUCUGCAGCAGAAAAUAAAGGAUUGUUUGAAGAAGCUGCAAAACUCUAUGACCUUGCAAAGAACCCUGACAAAGUUUUAGAACUGAUGAACAAGCUCCUUAGUCCAGUUGUUCCCCAGAUCAGCACUCCCCAGUCAAACAAGGAGCGUUUGAAGAACAUGGCCCAUUCCAUUGCUGAGAGGUACAAAGCGCAGGGGAUAAGUGCAAAGAAAUCCAUUGACUCCACGUUCUACCUUCUGCUAGACUUAAUCACGUUUUUUGAUGAAUAUCACGCUGGUCACGUUGACAGGGCCUUUGAUAUUAUUGAACGCCUGAAGCUUGUACCUCUUAGCCAAGAUUGUGUCAAGGAGAGGGUCGCUGCCUUCCGGAAUUUCAGCGAUGAAAUCAAACACAAUUUAUCUGAGGUCCUGCUUGCAACCAUGAAUAUUUUAUUCACCAAGUAUAAGAGGAUGAAAGGCACAAGCCCAACCACUCCUGCCAGGCCCCAGCGGGUAAUGGAAGACAGAGAUUCGCAACUUCAGUCUCAAGCUCGGGCACUGAUAAUGUUUGCUGGGAUGAUCCCAUACAGAACAUCAGGAGACACGAAUGCAAGACUGGUGCAAAUGGAGAUCCUUAUGAAUUAGCAGAGCAGCUUUGGCUGGGGUUGCAGCAGCCUGUGCCUGUCUUUAGUACGUUCAGAGGGCCCAUGGGACCAGUGUCAUUUUGUAUUCUGUAUUUUUGUUGAUGGAAAUAAAUUUCUUUGGUUU